AUGCAAUUGAACACGGGCGAGGUUAGAUCCUCCGUCGUCGUGCCUACUUCGCCCGCAGACGGCGACAAGCUGAUGCGCGUGCUCGUGGGCAAGCCGCAGAGCAAGCAGAUGGCCCACAUGCUUACGUCGAAACUCGGCGGGCUCAUUGAUCGUCAGGUCCUCCAUCUCCCAUUCUCCCACGCAAUCAAGGCCGGCCAGGCCGAGCUCGCCGUCAUCGACAAACUCUUAUCCCGCUGCCAGACGGGGGUGGUGUACCUCUUGUGCAGCUCAUAUUUUAUCCUUCUAGCUGAUGGACGCCGAGCAUAA